GCAACCUCACUACUUUUUACACGAUAUGAGGCAUUAGACAUGCAUUGAGGAGGAGACUUCCGGGAUUUGUUUUCAGAACUUUUUUCGUAUUUGUUGGGUUUUCUCUGGGAUUUAAGAAGGAUAUUCAGUCACAAUGGGGAAGGAGAAUGACUUGCUUGAAGCUGCAAGAACUGGCAAUGUUGUCACGAUCGGAAAAUUAUUAUCAGGAGGACGUGGCAGGAGUGUUAUUACUGCAGCGCUAAGUUUCCGGAGAGCUCUAGGUCCCAACUGUCAGGAUUCGUCUGGCUACACUCCUCUUCACCAUGCCGUACUUAAUGGCCACAGGGAUGCGGUCCAAAUGCUGCUCAAGUUUGAUGCUUCACCGACAGUGCCUGACAACAGAGGGAGCAAUCCCCUUCAUCUUGCGGCGUGGACCGGUAACGUCGAGAUUGUUCAAACUCUUCUCACUGUCGGUGUCAGUAAGGACCAAGUCAAUGAACAGAAUAAUUAUUGGGACACACCUCUUCAUUUUGCUGCCCAGUAUGGUCACACUGAUGUGGUUUCUAUUUUGUUAGAGAAUGGGGCUGAUCCUACAUUAUGCAAUCGUAAGGAAGAGGGUCCCUUAGAUCUAGCUGCCCAGUAUGGCCGCCAGGACACCGUCCAGUUACUGGUCAGACUCAGGCCGGACCUUCUUGCCAAGAUUCCCGACUCCCGGUCAUUGCUUCACCUUGCAGCUAAGAAUGGUCAUCAUCGGAUCGUCAAGCUUUUACUGGACGCUGGUUGUGACAUAAAUAAAACGACUAAAACAGGUACUGCCCUUCAUGAAGCAGCGGUGUUUGGGAAGAUCGAUGUCGUCAGGGUACUCCUAGAGGCCAGACCGUCAAUCGACGUCGAGAUUGAGGAUGGGCACAGUGAAACGGCGCUACAGAAGAUCGAAUCACAUUCGUCUAAAGUCUCUCAAGAAAUCUCAAAGAUGAUUAUGGCUCACAUACGAGGGGAGCCCUUACCAAAGCCAAUAGAAUCUUCCCCAUCAACACCCAUGACAGACAGCUCGGACUCUGAUCCUAACAGCCCCCUUGCCUACAGCUACGUAACAAACUCCGCAUCAAAUCCAUCCAUCCGUCCCAACCCUGGCCUCGUCGCGCCCGGCUUCGAGGUCAUCGACCACGCCAACAUCUACGACAACGUCCCCGAGGAUCGGUCGGCGCUGUACGCCCGUCACUACCAGACGCACGCGGAGCUUCGGAGCUCGUCGCCGGAGGGCGUCCUGAGGCGAGGCGCGUCCAAACUGCAGCGGUCAUCUCCGCGCCGGUCAUCACCUCCAGACCAGGAUCUGUACAUGAACGUGACUCAGAUCAAUCAGCAGCUAUCAAAGCUGAUGCCGCCAAAGAAACCUCAAAGGAACUCUAUCGGGAUCUUGUUGGAUCAGAACUCGAAUGGUAACAGCCCCCAGAUGGAGAGAAAACAGGAUCAGGAGAGAUCGGCCAGUCCCAUGCAUUUAGAUGUGAGGGGGCCUCAUUCAAGACAGUCUAACACCUUAUCAAGUCAAGAUUCGGACUGCCCUCCGCCGCUUCCCGACAGGAACUACUACGACCUUGAUCAAGCGGGGGAAUACACGCAGCUCAGACGGGAUGCCGUGCCCCCAAAGCAACAACAACAACAGACGCAACACCAUCCACACCCACCACAACAGCCACCACCGAAGCAACAACUCAUGAAGGAUCAAGAUUACAGUACUGUCACCCCUCUCCAAGAUUAUGACAUCAUGAACGAAGGAGUAAGUAACACCUCAACUGAAGAAACCAGUGAUGACACUCAUGGGAGUCUCUAUGAGACGCUCUCCAACGCUCAGAGCGGGGUAGCCACGCCCGAGGUACCCUAUCCGCCAUACGAGAUGGGCUCGAAGCCACCCCACCCCCAGGUCCAACUUCACAUACAUGAGCCAGAUGAUAAUAAUGAUCUGGAUAGCACCGGUGAUGGUGGCGGUCAGCUUGAUGACGAAGAAGAUCUUGAUGCUUAUGAGUUCUUGUCCAAUGCAGUGACCGGUCAUGGUCAGCCGAAACCCAAACCAAGGAUAACCCCAACCAGUUCUUCCUCAUCUUCUGUGCCUUCUACCGAUAGUGCCUCCGUCUCACACAGCAAGCCUAAGCCGCUCCCCCGACGGAACAAACCGGUCCCUGCCAGACGUUCCCCCGGGUCGAUGAGCUCGCAGCCCAGCACGCCCUCUGAGGAACUGACCUCGUCGUCUGACCAUUGGGGUGGUGCCUCGUCUGACCGUCCAACCACCCCUGACCAACCCCCACCCUCACCAAACACCGCUAUGAUGGGUAUAAGAGCUAAACUUGGAGCAUCUGAGACGGGAUACUCUGAUUAUGACAACCCAGUAGAACUUACACCUUGUGCCUUCACCAAUGGUAAACAGAAACCCCACAACGACAUAUUCUUCCCCGCUGAUGCUCCCAGAAUCCAAACACAAGCGUCAUCUGUGGUUCAAGAAUCAAGUGAUACAUCCAACAGCGCAAAACCCUUAUCUGGAGGGCAGCUCCGCAAGCUGGAACUUGAUUUGGCCAAUCGCUCACGGAAGUUUCAUGAGUUCGAGGCUGCUGCGGAUCAACUGCAGACGCGGUUGGAGAAGUGGCAGGCUCAUGUUGAAGAGUCGCACCUGAACAGGGUGAACGAGCAAGGAAACCAGAGCUUGGAGCAUGGGGAUAUCUACGAGAAUGUGUAUCAUCGUAGCGACAAUACCCGCUUCAGCUAUGAUGAGCCAAAGAGACUCUAUGACAACCCGACGGUACUGAAUGGAAAUCAUCAGCGAGUGACUCGACAAAACAGUAGUCCAGGCAGCCCAUCUCAGACGAGGCGAUCGACCUCGCCGAGGAAACCUAAGCGAGCCGUCACAUCGCAAUUUAGCUUGGAUGUGUCCCCAGCAGGGUACGACAAUCCAUCAACAUUCUUCCAAAGUUCUGAAACCUCACAAGAAACACAUCAGGAAGCAAACAAUGAGGACGAUUGCGCUUCACCAACUGGCUACGAUAAUCCCCCCGAUUUGACCAGGGAACUAUCGAUUUAUGAGAAUGCUCCACUGAGGAAUAGCGAAAGCAAUGUAAGAGAGGAAGAUUGUGAACCGCCUAUUGUACCAGAAGUGAUACGUCCGGACGAGCACUUUACUUUGGAUAAUAAGUUCUUGGAAGCCAACAGUGAGUCGGAUAUUCUUCAACCAGAUGCUACACACCCGUUUGCAGGAUCUAUAAGAAGUCCAUUCUCAGGUUUAAUAUAUGGUUCGAACCGUGGUAGCCGUACCUUCUCCUUGUCACAACAAGAUCGAUUCUCACGCCUCUACCCGGGCAUUGAGCGCUCUGGCGCCCUCGCUGGCAGGAUGUCGGUGAUGAACGGGACGUUGAGCGAUGGGCUCGGGAAGGCAAAGGGGGACGAGUCCGUCGUAGGAAGUCUAGAUGACUCAUCAGAAUGGGAUCAGAUCGAGAGUAUAAUGAACUCUUUUGGGGCAGGCUUAGUACGGGAGUCUGUCUAUGUGCGAGAAUACCAACAAGACUUUGAAAAGAUGUUUGAAGGUCCAGGAAGGCCCCAGAGUAUUGGUGCAUGGUUGGACAGUUUGAAUCUCGGCCAGUAUGAAAACAUGCUCAUUGCAAACGGAUUUGAUCAUCUUGAUUUUAUUGGUGGGAGUAUUAUUGAAGAGCAAGAUUUGAUGGAUAUAGGUAUUGUAGAAGAGAUUCAUCGGAAAAUAAUCCUGGAAGCUACAAGAUGUUUACCCAUCAUGAAACCAAUAGGUCCUGGUCCGGAGUUCACACCCAAGCCUGCGUCCGUCUCUGAUUGGCUGCGGAGUCUACUACUCAGUGAUUACAUAACAAACUUUCUUGAAAAUAACAUCACUACGAUGGAUAGAGCAUUAGAGCUAUGGGAGUUUGAACUAGAAAAUGUCCUUGAAGUACCUAUGCUAGGCCACAGAAAGAGGAUCCUUGCAUCGCUUGGUGACCGACGACGGAGUCGACACAGCAGCACCAUCGACAUCGAGAUCAGCCGACCUCACUCCCUGGAUCUCACCUGCAGCGAAGACUUGGUAAGACCACCCAAACACAAAUUCCCCUCUUCCUGUGAAAACCUUCUGUCGUCUUGUGAGCCAGUCCCGACACUGUCACCUCCACCGCUUCCACCACCACCACUGCCACCACCGCCACCACCCCGUCACACCUCCGCUGUUAAGCCCUCCUCCUCCAACCGAGAGAGUAUCAAAUCCAAAGCUAAAUCCCUCGCGAGAAAGGUCUUAACCAGCCCCACCAGCUCCAGAUCCAGUGAGAAGGGGAUCCGACCUCGGAAGCCGACGGAUCGCGGUAGCUCCAAGUCAAGAGACGUCCCUGUCGUACCAAGGGUGGCUGCUCCGGUAAAGGAGUUACAGAUAGAAUCUUUCGUCGGACCCGAAGAGAGAGAGGAAAUCAAACGUCACACGAGUCAGUCAUCGUCGUUGGAUAUCGAUCUCUUUAAAGACUAUUCCAAGGAGGUAGCAUCUCCGACAAGAAACUCCACUUCCUCGACGAUACCUGAAGAGGGAGCCCUUCACCCCUCCGAGGAGGAGGAAUUCAGAACUCUGAUAGAGACCACGGAACAGUAUGCGCGCCAGAACGGCGAUUGUGCGAGCUUUAAAAGGACUAAUGAGAGAGGGAUGGUUGAAAGUAAAAAGAAAGAGGGAGGUGAGGAAGAGGAGAAGGGGAACGGAGUCCCUCCAGAGAAGAAGCAGGGUGACACCCCCGGAUCACAAUGGAUGCACCCUCCUGAUGCGCUCAUAAAGGGAUGCUGCAAUUAUACAUCAUCUUAUCUAGGGUCAUCUAUCAUCAAGGAGCUUCACGGAACCGAAUCAACGCGAGAAGCGUGCACGCGGCUGAGACGAUCAGCACAGCACCUCCAGAAGAUGCCCGCGAUCACGCUCUCCAUCAACUACGGCGGCGUCAAGUUCAUCGACUCCAAAUCGAAGAUGGUGAUUACGGAACACGAGAUCUGUAACAUCUCCUGCGUCGCCCAAGACUCUCAUGAUCUUAAAACCUUUGCAUACAUCACUAAGGAUAUCCAAUAUGAGAAGCUAUAUUGCCAUGUCUUUACAGUCAAGACUGUGGACUUAGCCACGGAGAUCAUCAUGACGCUAGGUCAGGCAUUUGAAAUUGCUUACAAGAUGCUCUUAAAGACAACAAAGGGGGCAGCAGACAUGACCCAACCGCAGCAGCCAAUCAGAGUCAAGGAGAUUCAGGCGGCAGCAGACGACGGCGAUUCCGACACCCCCAGUUAUGAAGAUACAAAAUUAUAGCGGCAGCCCCCUGGAAGGGGAAUAGACUGUUCUCUUUACUAGCAAUGCUUUCAACAGAGAUAUAAACAAUUUCCUGUAUAUAUAUAUAAUAUAUAAAACCCUAUAUGUGAAUUCUGAACACUAUGGACAACCAAUAUGAAUUUAAACUCUGGUCUAUAAAGUUGUGGUUUAACUAUGGAUAGCCAAUUGUGACACUGAACAGUACCCGGUGGGUGUUUCAUAAAACUCUUCGUAAGAUACGAAUGACUUUACGCACAACUGGUGAUCCUUCACUUGUGCUACAUGUACGUGAUAUCCCUGUGUAAUUGAGUAAUGACCUGAGAACAUGUUCUAGUCUAGCGUAAAGUCGUUCGAAACUUUACGAACAGCUUUAUGAAACACCCACUGGGGGCCAUUUCAUGAAGCUGUUCGUAAAGAGUGACUAAUGAUCCUUUCUUGUGGUGAAUGAUGUUAACUAUUAAAUGUUCAUUGGUGAACAUUUAGCGCAUGAGAAAGGUUCACAAGUCGUUCUUAAAGUCACUCUUAAUUUACGAACAGCUUUAUAAAACACCCGCCAAGUUUGAUACUGUAUGUCAGCUCAUAUGUCACUCAGAACUUUCAUCUCUCUCUCUCUGAGGAUAAAAACUGAAUUAGUUUUCCUCGUCGAUAUAGCAUGACGAAUGAGCAUAAUGAAAAUAACAGACUUAAAAUGUUAACAAGUUUUGAACAUGUUCAGUUCAAGCCCGAGUCCCACACUCAAGCAAAAAUCCUUUUAUAGUUGAAUGGAAAUUUGUAGAUAUUUGCGAUCAGUCGCAACUCAACUCUAUCGCAUUGCCCCAUCAUGCUUAAUUUGGGGGCUUAGGCAUGUAAUCAAAUAUUAGUCUCUUGUAACACAUGAGUCUUUAUUAAAUCUAAAAUAUACAUACUUUAUACAUACCUACGUAAUUGUAUACAUGCAUCAAUGUCUUACGUACAGGGUCUCUUUGUUGAGGAAUUCAGUAUGUUUCAUAAAGCUCAUAAAUAAUCAAAAUGCGAUGUUCAUGUACAUGUAUUUGGCCUUUGCUACUUAAAAUUCUACUUAAUUUUUUUUAUUUACGAGUUUCUAGAACCACUCGUGAGGCAUACUGCUUGGACAACAGGUUAGAGAGUCUGCUAACCACUUACAUGUAGUAAUGCUAUCAUGCCUUCUUACGUGUAUAUGAAUUCACAUUUCUCUUGCUUUUAUGAAGUUGUAAAAUAUUCCUUGCUUUGUUGUGUCAUCUGUAUAUUCUAUCAGCUUUCGCAAAGGUGGGAUUUUUGUUUGAUGACCACAAGAUUGUGAAAACGAACAGGAAAAAAUUGUGAGGAAGUUAUACCAGUGGGACCAGCUAACGGACAGUGAAAGAUUUUCUUCACCCUUAGCCUUAGACACUUUC